GGAAGAAGCAUAUCCAUCUCUCUCUGUGUAGAAAGGAGCACAUCCAUCUCUCUCUCUCUCUCUCUGGCAUGGAGAUACGGAAGCGGGAGGUAGAGGAAGACGAAGACAAGGGGGAAGGAGGAGGAGGCACCAGCAUAACGGCUCCCCACCUGGUUUUCCCGAAGCCGGAGCCUGACUCGUUGGUGGAGAGGAGUGGUGAGGGGGAGGAAGAAGGCGAAGGGCGGAACAGGACGACGGCCCUGGCGCCAGUGAAGAGGUCGCGGGGCUCCAACAGGGACAGACACACCAAGGUGGAGGGAAGAGGCCGUCGGAUCCGCAUGCCGGCCACGUGUGCCGCUAGGAUCUUUCAGCUGACGAGGGAGUUGGGCCACAAAUCCGACGGCGAGACGAUCCGGUGGCUGCUCGAGCACGCCGAGCCGUCCAUCAUCGCCGCCACCGGCACGGGAACAGUUCCGGCCAUCGCCGUUUCGGUCGACGGCAUCCUCAAGAUUCCCACCGACCACCCCUCCUCUUCCUCCACGGCCCCCGCUCGCUCCACCUCCUCCGCGUCAUCCGACUCCAAGAAGGGACGGCGGAAGCUCAACACCACCGCUGCGGGCUCCGAGACCAGCACUUCAGCCGCCACCGACGGCGAACGACCUCCGGCCGUCCUCCCGUUCUGCUCCUCGAUGAUGUCGCACAGCAUCUGCGGGCCCAUGUGGGCGGUCGGCGGGGAGAGGGUGCUGCCCAACGCCGCCAUGGGGAUGGGGGGAGCCAUCUGGAUGGUCCCCGUCGGCGGCCACCCGCAACCCUCCGCCGUACCUCCCGGCCAGCAUGUGUGGACGUUCCCGGCCCCACCCAUCCCCUCGCUCGUCAACGUUGCCGCCCGCCCCAUCUCCGCCCUCCUGUCCGCCACCAACGGCGUCCUCAUGCCCCACCUCGACCUCUCCUCGGCCGCCGGGUCUUCAACCGCACAGCCUCCUCCGGCGGCCUCCGUCGAAGCCACGGAAGAUUCCGGCGGGGACGUCAAGCCGGCUGAGCUCCACCAAUUCAUGGGCGAGGAGGAGGACCACCGCAGCGGUAACCGCGAUCAUUCCCGAAUUACCCUCAAAAAAUAGAUUUUUCUUCCUUCUUCGUCUCUUUCUUGGUAUGUUCUCUAAUUUUCCAUUUCAUGUAAAAAAAAAGGAGGGGGGGGGCGAGAAAGAAAAAGGAUAAAAAGAGUAUCUCGAAUCAAAUAGCUGAGUCUUACUGACUUGAUUCAUCCCAAAGCCACUUUCAUUUUCUUUUUUUUGGGGUUUUUCCCCCUUUCUUUUCUCCUUAUGCAUGUCAAUCAUACCGAUGGUUCCUCUGUAAUAUUGAGCA